CCGCGGAAGGACUCGCGGCGUUCGCAGCCGCGGGCGGACCCGGAACUCGGCGGCCCAGGGGGCGGGCCCAGCUCUUCCAGGCAGCUGAUUGGUCAUUCCCCGGCGGCGGUGGCGGCGGCGGCGGCGCGCGCGGAAGUGUCACCUCCGCCCGGGAAGAUGGAAGAGCUGAGUCAAGCCCUGGCUAGUAGCUUUUCUGUGUCUCAAGAUCUGAACAGCACAGCUGCCCCACACCCCCGUCUGUCCCAGUACAAGUCCAAGUACAGUUCCUUGGAGCAGAGCGAGCGCCGCCGCCGAUUGCUGGAACUGCAGAAAUCCAAGCGGCUGGAUUAUGUGAAUCAUGCCAGAAGACUGGCUGAAGAUGACUGGACAGGGGUGGAGAGUGAGGAAGAAGAUAAGAAAGAUGACGAAGAAAUGGACAUUGACACUGGCAAGAAGUUACCAAAACGCUAUGCUAAUCAAUUAAUGCUCUCUGAGUGGUUAAUUGAUGUCCCUUCAGAUUUGGGGCAGGAAUGGAUUGUGGUCGUGUGCCCCGUUGGAAAAAGAGCCCUUAUCGUGGCCUCCAGGGGUUCUACCAGCGCCUACACCAAGAGUGGUUACUGUGUCAACAGGUUUUCUUCCCUUCUGCCAGGAGGCAACAGGCGAAACUCAACAACAGCAAAAGACUACACCAUUCUGGAUUGCAUUUACAGUGAGGUGAAUCAGACAUACUAUGUUCUAGAUGUGAUGUGCUGGCGGGGACACCCUUUUUAUGACUGCCAGACCGAUUUCCGAUUCUACUGGAUGCAUUCAAAGUUACCAGAAGAAGAAGGACUGGGAGAGAAGACCAAGCUCAACCCUUUUAAAUUUGUGGGGCUAAAGAAUUUCCCUUGUACCCCUGAGAGCCUGUGUAAGGUGCUGUCUAUGGAUUUCCCUUUUGAGGUAGAUGGACUUCUGUUCUACCACAAGCAGACCCACUAUAGCCCUGGAAGCACUCCUCUGGUGGGCUGGCUGCGCCCCUACAUGGUGUCAGAUGUUCUUGGAGUAGCUGUGCCAUCUGGCCCACUGACCACCAAGCCAGAAUAUGCUGGACACCAGCUCCAGCAGAUUAUUGAGCACAAGAGGAGCCAGAAGGAGGGCGUGAAGGAGAAACUCACACACAAGGUCUCUGAGAAUGGACACUAUGAAUUGGAGCACCUGUCUACCCCCAAGCUGAAGAGCCCUCACCAUACCCCAGACCACCCUAGUAGCCUCAUGGAGAACUAAAGAAGGCAGCCUCCUUUGGGAGUCACGGGAUGGCGCUUGGUCCCAGAAGGAAGGUUGGGAAGGAGGACAGUGACAAGAGGGGACUUCAUUUUAGAGUGGACUUUCCAGAGCCACUCCAGCUGGAAACAACUUGUCUCCUACCUGAAAUGCUGGCUCAAACAGUUGGGGGAGAUUCCCAGGUUGGGUGGUCUUUGGAUUUGAGCAGCAGCUUCUAUGAAAAGUGUAUCCCAGAUCCACAAUGUAAAUAUAUGUAAUUCUUAAGAUA